AUGGCAAGGGAUUCGCCCGAUGGUACCUCAGAAUGGAGCACGCAGGACAGGACCUCCCUUUUUUUCGGAGUACUCGCUACCCUUUUCUUCACCGCAAUGACCACAUUUCAGUCUCCGCUGCAGCACUUAUUCCUCUUUUUGGCAUUCUACGAGUUCGCCACUACUGUGUUCUACAUAUGCAGGAACAAAUUCUCACACAUUGUUCACUUCCAGUAUCAAGCGAUCGCAUUGACUGUUCCAUUGUUCCUUCUGGGAUGUUCCGUGUACCAUACUUCCAAUCCGACUGGUGCCAGUGCCUUCUUAGAUGCUUUCCACUUUAGAAUAAUCAAACACUUCAUUGAGGAAACCUCUGCUGUUUGGUCUAUUACGCUUUUCAUUGCCUGGACUCUUCGUCUGAUUCACAGUCAUUUGGUUUUGAUAGAAAUUAAUACAGCACAGCGACGAGCGGAUCCGGAAUCCCGCGAUCUCGGCCCAAUCAAACAGAGCCCCAUCCACAUCUCGCUAAACAUGUCAGCUGUAAUACUUUUUGCACUUCUGGCGUAUUUCAGUGACGGGAAGAUGGGAAUUGUUUUCGAGUGGAUGGCGAUCUUCGAAACGUUGAUGACGAUUUGUUAUAUCUUUAAUAACUCGUGGAUCAUGCUCCUUCACUUUGUCUUUCAAGCAAUGAUUUUCUCUAUCAUUUUUUCUACUUCGUGUCUUCCAUUCGCCUACAGGUUUGAUACGAGUUCGGUCACUAGUCUCCUAGAAUCGUACGGUUUGAACAAUGUAAUAAAGUUCUGCAAAAGUCAUUCUUUCUUCGCAACAACAGUCCUAUCUACAGUUUGGUUUCUCCGAAUGAUGAUAACCCAUAUUUUCUUGAUAGAAGUGGCCACCGAUGAUCGAGUUCAUCGUCGGAAAACAAAAUUUACAAAACUCAUUCAACAAGUUUGA